AUGACCAUCAUGUUAAGUGCAUUAAGUAUAGUGGUAUCCAGCGUAUAUUUGAAAAACCAACAUUUGUAUACAAGCUGUACGAAUAUCAUGACAUUCACUUUGGUAGUCGCCUUCUUAAUGUUAGUCUGUACGGAAUACUUAGGACUAUCUCUUUAUAUUAAUGAUAAUGCAUUUGGUAAUGGACUUUUCAUCUUAACUGGUAUACAUUUUAGCCAUGUUAUUGUUGGAGCUAUCCUUGUAUUCUUCACUCAAAGUAUCUAUAGUUCUUUAGUUACUUACAUGCCUACAAGCUCUAUAAUGCUAAGCAAAUCUAAAGGUAUGUUAUGCAAGAUCUUUACAGAACCAUUCACUAUUUUAUAUCUACACUUUGUAGAAACCAUGUGGAUAUUAAUCCACAUUACAUUCUAUCUCUAA